GGAUCCUACUCAUUCGCCAUUAAACAAAACAAGAUCGCACGAUUGACUGCAACCGCAAUUUUGAGGCGUUUAGUUGCUUAAAGUCUCAAUUUCGUUGCGACACGUCGCGGAGCAAGUCUAUUGAAAGUGUGAAUAAUGCGUUCGAUUUUGAUUACUGGAUGUAACCGUGGUCUGGGACUAGGUUUGGUCAAGCACUUGCUGAAACGUGCCGACCGGCCGGAAUUGCUCAUCGCCACAUGCCGGGACAUGACAAAAGCUCAGGAACUGCAAGAACUGUCAAACAGCAAUAAGAAUGUCCACAUUUUGCAGUUUGAUGUGACUGAAUUUGAUAAACAUAAACAAUUUGCCACGGAAGUGCAGAAAAUUGUUGGAGAUGACGGCCUCAAUGUACUCUUUAACAAUGCAGGCACCUCCCCAAAAUAUACGCGCUUACCCUUUGUCAAACCCGAGCAAUUGAUGGACACAUUCCGAACCAAUACAGUUGCGCCUAUCAUUUUAGCUAAGACAUUGUUGCCCUUUUUAAAACAAGCCGCACAAAAAAAUAUCUCCUUACCAAUGGGUGUUCAACGCGCAGCCAUUGUCAACAUGUCGUCCAUAUUAGGUUCUAUUCAAAAUAAUCAAGAUGGCGGAUUGUAUCCCUACAGAUGUUCUAAAACAGCAUUGAAUCAAGCAACAGCCACGAUGCGGAUGGACUUGAAAGAAGAUGGGAUCAUGGCGGUUGCACUACAUCCGGGAUGGGUGCGCACGGACAUGGGCGGAUCCAAAGCUCCUUUGGACGUCGAUCAAAGCACUUCGGCAAUGGUCGAUUUUAUAUAUUCCAUGGGCGAAUCCCACAACGGCGGCUUUUAUCAAUAUGAUGGAGAAAAAAUUCCAUAUUAAUUGUUACAGAAUGUUCUCAUAAUGAUUUCAAUAAAAUUUACAAUCAA